AUGCUGCCCCCUACACAUAUAGAAGCAAAACCUGAAGAGGUGCUGCAGCCGCAGCGUGUUGCUGUUCUCAAUCAUAAAGAAGCAGUCAACGAUGUUGCUUGGUGCGAGAUAAACCCCAACAUACUGCAGGUGGUGGUGGUGGUGGGGGGGGUUUAUCUAAAGGUGUACCUGCUGCAGCAGCAGCAGCAGCAGCAUCAUCUGCAGCACCAGCAGCAACAAAAACAACAGCAGCAGCACCAGCAGCAGCAGCAGCAGCAGCAGCAGCAGCAGCAGGAGGUGGUGGUUUGUCUUCUGGUUUUGGGGGGGAGGCUGUGGCUGUGGUGCGGGCUCACCGGGGAGAUAUAUUGA